AUGUUACUUCAUACGGAGAACUUAACGUCGGCCGACUUUCGUUACGUCAACCAAAGCCAACUUCCUGGACGCUUCCCAUGGGGUACAUCGGUAAAGGCGUUUUUCCAGAUCGACCUCAGUAAAACCUAUAGGUUAAAAAUCACUGCUAUAGCUACUCAGGGAGGAGCGAACGUGAACACUGAAUGGAUAAAGCAAUACAGACUUCGCUUUUUCGUUGGUGCAAAAAAGCCAGUUCCUUAUACAGAAUCUGGUAUAGAAAAGGUUAGGUAUAAUCAAAUACUAUUCUUGGCUUGCAACCACGUGAUAAGGCGGCUAUGUUGGUGGUGUGUUGGUGGUCAACACAAUAGAAUUUUUUAUCGAAGAAUUUACAUGAAAAUAAGGUUUAGUUCCCAGAGGAACGAAAUGCUUUUGUUAUGAACCCUAACACACCACCAACAUGGCUGCCGUGACGUCACGUGCAAACAAGCAAUAUUUAGGCAUUGAAACUUGAACAAGUUGAAUUAUAAGUAAUUACUAAUGAAACAAGGCAGAUUUAAGCACCUGUGUGGGUGAAGUACAUUAUUGUGUUUGAAGAACUAACCAUUAGUUGUCAGGGACCGCGGAGGGGGAGGGGCUGGUAGGGCCGCGGCCCCACCACUUUUUUGCGCCCCAGCCCCCACUUUUUGAAAAUCAAAUACUAUGAUUUUAUUCCUUUUUUCGAUUUUCAAUAUGAAAAAAUUAUUUUCAAUUGUCAGCCCUCCCACUUUUCACCUUGCUCCGCGGCCCCUGGUUGUACAAUAUGUUUACCAGUGAUAACAAGGCGGGAUCUUUCCAGUAAAGAAUUGCAAGUUCUUUCUCUGACUGGUUGUAACAUGGUAUUUUGCAGGGGAAGGUGAUUGCUAAUUUGUUUCAGUCUCCUUUUCACUUUUUUUUCUCUUUCUUAAAGAUCAUAAAGGGGAACAAAGACGCUUUCACUGUUGUGAGGUACCAUUUCAAAGAGCCGUUUGUUACCAGAACUUUACAAAUAUUCCCGGAUGUUGGCACCUCGAAGGCGGUUUUCUUAAGAACAGAAAUAUACGGAUGUCGUCCCACUCCUGGUAAUGGCAUUAUUAUAGUGUACUGAUAACAAAUGAUUUAAAGGGGCUCGAUAGGGUUUUUCAGGGGCAAUACCUCCCAAAUUUUAGCACAAACUACCAUUAAAAAAUACACACACUUACUGGGAUGCAUGGUUCAUUUCACAUGUUUCCAAUCAAACAACGGGUUCUAUUAUCGACAAUAAGGCCCUUAUCCUUGAGGUCAAACUUUAUGGCUGUCUCUGCAGUAUGAUAUGGCUAGCUGUGCACAAGCAAUAGUUACCGGCCAAACUGCAUAGUUGGUAGUUUGCUACUUACUGAGUUGCUCUCUUGGUUAAAUUUGGCCUCAAAGUAACUGUGACCCUUAAGGUAUGUUAUCCAAACGUAUUCUCAAAGUAAACUAAAAUUAUUUAGGUCUUUUGUGUAAUCUUAUUUGAGGAAACUCUAAGUUCCAUUAAUGUAUGGUAUAAAGAAGCAUGCAACUCCAUUACUGUCAUGUUUUCUUCAUUUGGAAAGUAAUUUGCGUCUGUUCUGGUUUUCUUUAGAUUGUAUCCUGGUUGGUUCAAAGUUUUGGGGACUGUGGACGGAAAGAGAUCGCUCAAAUAAUUACUACAGGGCUUUCAUCUCAGGGAUAAAUGACACUCACAUUGAGUUCAUCUUGGAAUACAACAACGCACUCAAAAGAGUGUACAAUCGGACUGAUCCAGUGCUUAUAAUAGAUAAAGAGCCAGAAAAGAGGGAAAUAUCAGUCAAUACAUCAGUUAUAGCUGUUCACAAACCUGCAAUGCCAGAGUGGUACCGAACUGGUAUCGUGAAGAAUACAGCUACCUCAAAAAUGGGUGAAUUCUCGGUGUCAGUUAGGUUUGAUAAUGGUGAUUUAAGACUGGUUCCUCUUCAACAGCUUCGCUUAGUUAAACGUCCACGAUUUUGUUAAGUAAAGCAUCUAAUGAUAUAACGUCUGAAAAAUUCUCAACGGAUUUCGGCAUGAUUGUGCCAACAUGUAUGAUGGUCAUCCUCUUGAUGUUGGGACAAUUGUGCAACCUCCUCUUUGAUUUUUAUUGUGGUGAGGUAGUAGUAAUGGUAGUAGGACUGAGUGGAGUACAAUUCAGGGAGUAAUUAGACGAGUAAUUUCAAAUCGGCC